UCGAACAGACGUAUAGAUACUUGAAUUAUGUUUUUUUUUCUUCGGUUUUAAACCUGGUAGAGAAGGCGAGAGAUUGAGAUUGGGUCAUUCUCUGGAUAAGACAUCAUUUAGUUACUGACUAGUAUGUCUUCAAUAAAAAGUAAACCAGCGAAAAACUUUUCAUGUGAGCAAUCAAAUAGCAAAAGUUAUACCACGAAAAAAAGUUUUACUAAACAUCAAGUCAGGAGAAAGACAAAUUGAUUGUUAUUGCGUCUUUCAGCAUGCCAGCAUUUUGCGAUCCAGUUCACCUAGAUAUUAACAAAUUUCCGUCUUUCACCAGAAUGAUAAAACUUCCAAAUCCAUUUGGUUUUCAUGGAAGAAUACAAAACUGGAUUAAAAGAAGAACAAGUAAAGUUGAUGACAUUAAACAAGACUCUUUCAUUGUUCGUAUCAAUGGACCUUCAAGUAUUUCUCAUUCGGGGGAAUCUUCUUUUGGAGAAAAUAAUGUUUUCCAAAACACGACUAAACGACAUUGGAUCAUCGACCCUUCGGAACUAUUCUACUUCUGGUGGCUGGUUAUUAUUACAAUAGCAAUUAAAUACAACGCAUAUUUUGUGAUUGCGAGAUCAUGCUUUCCCGACUUACAAACCGAUUAUUACCAACUAUGGAUCGCGCUUGAUUAUGUCUUCGAUGGAAUAUACGUUCUUGAUAUGAUCGUAAAAUUAAGAACAGGAUUUCUGGAACAAGGUAUGCUGGUUCAAGACACGGAAAGGUUGAAACAACGCUAUAAAAAGAGUUUGCAAUUCAAAUUCGACGUUGUAUCAAUUUUACCAACGGAUAUCUUGUAUAUUUUUAUAGGUUCCAAUGUAUCAAUAUGCAGACUGAUCCGAAUUCUUCGAUUUUCUCGAGCAUUCGAAUUUUUUGAACGUGCAGAAACUAGAACGUCUUUUCCAAACUUUUUUCGAAUAUCGAUUCUUGUGCUGUAUAUUGUCGUUAUUAUUCACUGGAAUGCAUGCAUUUAUUAUGCUCUAUCCAGUGCUAUUGGGUUUGGAACUGACGGGUGGGUUUAUCCAAAUGUAACUAUAUAUCCGUACAACACCCUUUCUCGAAAGUACAUCUACAGUGUUUAUUGGUCAACAAUUACCAUGACAACAAUUGGAGAAACCCCAACGCCAGAACAAGACAUUGAAUAUGUAUUUCAGAUCUUUGAUUUUCUUAUUGGAGUUCUGAUAUUCGCAACUAUUGUUGGUAAUGUUGGUUCAAUGAUUAGCAAUAUGAAUGCCGCAAAAACUGAAUUUCAAAGUCGAAUGGACGCAGUGAAACAAUACAUGCAGUUUCGGGAAGUUAGUAAUUCCCUUCAACAACGAGUGAUAAAAUGGUUCGACUACUUACGAACAAAUAAAAAAUCUGCAGACGAACGUAAAAUACUCUCAACACUUCCUGAUAAACUUAGAGCUGAAAUAGCUAUCAACGUUCAUUUAGAAACAUUGAAAAGAGUAUCGCUGUUUCGGGAUUGUGAACCUGGUUUACUCAUUGAACUCGUUCUGAGACUCAGUCCUCAGGUGUUCAGUCCAGGAGAUUAUAUUUGCAGGAAGGGAGAUAUUGGCAAAGAAAUGUACAUUGUAAAAGAAGGUAAACUAGCAGUUAUGGCAGACGACGGCGUAACGCAGUUAUGCGUACUUGGAGAUGGAGCGUACUUUGGGGAAAUCAGUAUCCUUAAUAUUCCCGGAAAUAAAACAGGAAAUCGCAGAACUGCUAACGUGAAAAGUCUUGGAUACUCGGAUUUAUUUUGUCUAUCCAAAGAUGAUUUAUUACAAGUACUGGCCGAUUAUCCUGAAGCUAAAAAAGUAUUAGAAGCUAACGGAAGGCAAAUGUUAAUGAAAGACGGACUCGUCGAUAAUGCAGUUAAAGACGACGAAGAAGAUUCAGUUCUCGCAGAUAUUGUUCAAAAAUACGACCGGUUAGAGAAAUCGCUUCAGAAAUUACGACUUCAAUUUUCACGAAUGAUGGCAGAACACAUUGCAACGGAAACGGAUCUAAAACUAAGAAUCUAUAACUUAGAGUCAAAAUCAAACACAGAUUAAUUUAAAUAUGAAUCGCAUGGAAAAGAAUCACUUUUUUUCCUUUCAGUCUACUAUUUUAUCGGCUUAUCUUGCACGUUGCCAACCAAUGAAACAGUAACAAGAGCUUGGCAAUUAUAUGUCAUAUUUCAGUGGUUCUCAACGUUUUAUGGCUCGUGGCCCCCUUGCGGAUGCUUUUAGCACUCAUGGCCCUUCCUAUGUAUCAUUCCAGUGGUAUUUAUAGCGUUAUUUUGAUUGGUAGAUUUCAAAUCCCAUUAUGUUCAAACAAUUCUUGCUCAACAAAGUAAAAACAUUCUGUCAAAUAACCUUAUUAACCAAUAAAAAAGUAAGAACGGGCAGUUUUCUUGCGAAGAGAAAAGUAAAAUAACUUUUGCGCCUAACAUUGUAGUCUUCUUCAACUACUCUGUGGCCCACUUGAGGUCCACGGGCCCUCGGUUGAAAAUCGCCGUUUUAUAACAUUAUUUUAUUACACUUAUUCCUGUAUAUCUCAUUUCGACGACUAUUGUUUUGUAUAUUUUGUAAAGUUGAUUAGAACAUUCUUAGUUCGUUGUGGAAUGUGAAUGGUUUUUAAUUACAGUUUGUCGCAUUGGACAAUAUAAUUUCACGAUUCAUACAGAUUUUUU